CUUGUGGAGAUGAAAACAUGGCGAUAGUUGUGGCAGUGGGCUUGCGAGACUGAUGUGAUUUUUCCACCUUGUUACUCGUGAAAUAAAGAUUCAAAAGCAACGCAUGGUUAGAAAUAAUGGAUGAAAGAGAAAGGGAAGAUUUUGAAGGAGGAAACGAACCUUGGGGCUUUACAAAUUGGGAGAAACAAUGCAUUGAAGACCUCGAGUCGCAAGAAGAUGUCGACGAGAGAUCAACAUUUGAAAAAGAGCAGGCUUUGCAGCGGUUAAGAAAUUUGUUUCAGAACGCAGCAACAGCUUGUGCUCAGCUUUAUAAAGGUAAGCAGUUUUCUUUUACUUAUCUUUAAGCCGUUUCAUUUCCGUGAAGUUUACUGCGUCAACACAUAGUUUUAAAAUCGAAUGUGAAUCUUGUACAUCUAUAUUGUUUCUUUCAGAACGACACACUCGUAAUCAAACCAGUGAUCGCUUAUGGAGCCCGUUUCAGGAUACGGCAAACACAAUAACGCUUCUUUACAAAGGUGCUUUUAACGUUCAUUAAGUGACUAUAACGUAAAAAUGUCUAGCACGUCCAACCAUAGCGAAACAAGGCAUUUUGCGCAUGCAUGGGCGGUCCUCUCUGCGCAUUUCCCUUUUACAACAAUAUGAAAGCAUAUUAAUUUGACUACAAAUCUUGAAUAUACAUAUUCCGUUUUUGUAUGAGAUUUCUUGAUCUUUUUUGUUCCUCAUUCUUCGCCAGUAACUCUAUUCUUAGUUCGUCUUCAAUCCGAAGGAGACCUUCAGUGAUUUGGUUUUCGUAUAAUCGAGUCGCAACUUCGUCUCCUGUUGGUCAAAUUUACAAUCCCUUUGCAUUAAUGUUUAAGGAAACAAGUUAUUAAUCUGAAAUUGUGCGAUUAUUUUGUAAUUUAUUUGCUAUGAGCACUCGACCUUUGUAUUAACGGUGGACACUUUGUGCAGCGCUUGUUCUUAUGAAUGAUGUAACUUUAAUGCGUUGCGUCGAUAAUCAAUUAACUUAUUGUUGUAAAGAUGUGGAUACAUGGCAAACAUAUGUUUUUAUAGGGUUUUGUCUUUGUAAUUAAAUCUGUGUUUCUUUUCCUUUUUUGUGGGCUGUUAGUCAGGCAUCAAUGUGACUUAACAAAACAUCAUUAAGUUGGAAAAUGGGAUAUAAAUUGGUUGGCAUUUUAUCUGUUUCUGGGAAACAAAGUUUUGUUAAAAUUGUCAGAUCUUCCAGUCCAUUGCCCUUUCCACUCAGACAUACAGCGAGAUGUCUAUUGAGCAGACACUCACAAAAUCCUUGUUAGUUUUUGCUGCAGAGCGACGGAAGGGAGCGAGCAGCAACAUAAUCAGGAUUUAAAGGAAAUAUAUAAGGGGCAACGAAUUCUCGAAUUCAUCACUUUUUACCACAAUGCAUUGCAUUUAACCACACUUUUUACCACAAUGCAUUGCAUUUAACCAGAGUGCAUUGUGCCACGAACAACUCAAAUAAAAACACGGGGAAGUGCGGUGGGUGAGAGACUUAGAGUUUUCUUUGUGGCAAAUUUUCUACAGCACGGUUAGAGGUCUUACCAAAUUUUAAGACACGCAGGAGUCUUUCAGAUGAGUACGGUGGUUAACUUGGGGAUUGGAUUUCAAUUCAAGAGCCUUUUUUGACUUGUCCAGGUGUUAAACCUGACGAGAAGAUGAGCAUUUGCUCUUCGACUCCGCAACACGGGGGAUAUACAAAUUCCAGCUUGCUAGAAGGUGAUGUGAAAGUGAGAAAAUGUCAUGCAAUGCUAUUCUUAAGAAACUGUAUGAGCCGAAAAUGGAUGUGAUUUUGACCAUUCGCUUCAAAAUAACAGCGGAAAUCGAGAUAACAAAACAUAUGUUUUGUGUCCUACUUUGCAGACGAGGGCGAGUAUCGGCAUUUUGAAAAGCAUAAUUAUGUUCUUUCAUUCAUUUAUUGCCAUGGAAUAUGCGUUUACAUUGUUUUUUCACUGCUAAUAGCUCAGUUAAUGCGGCUGGCGAUCAUCUUGCCGGCGGAAGUUUCAUGGAAAAGGAAUAAAAUGAAAGACUUUUCCUAAAGACUACGUAAUCAGCCUCUGUGGUGUAGUGGUUAGGUGUAGUCACGUGGAGUCGAAUGUGCCGGGUUCGAGUUCUACUGAAUUAUUUACUCCUUCUUUCUUUUUUUUUCCGUUUUUUGUGUUGUUGUUUUCUAUAAAUUUAUAGCUAAAUAACUGUUACUUAAUAAAGUGCAACAAACAGCAAGAAAAGUAUUGUGUUUCCAGAGAAAAUAUCGUGCACCAUAAAUAUAUGGAUAAACGAUCUGAAUUUCUAUUAUUUCCUACAAUUUAUUGUGGGAAAACUAGAGUUGAUAACCACUUGAUCAUUUUCUAAACAACGUUCCCACGAGUUCUUUCUAUAGACUGAUAGUAAUUAUUCUGGUACUUUCCAACAUGUAAAUAGGACAUUCAAUGUCAUUUUUGAUUCUUUUAAGUCUCACUGCUUAACUAAUGCCAGCAUCAACAGAAUGUGCCGCAGCAUUACUAUCUUUUAGAUACCCUAGUUGCUAAUGUAAUUUAUUGCUGGUUUGCAAGUCACAAAAUCAGAAUUCAAAAUAAAGCACUGUCAAUUCUGCAGUGAGAUGUUAGAGGAGCUGAACACUCACAUCCUGAUUUGGCUUUAAGUUUUCUUAUUAAGCACAUGUAAUUGUCAAACUUUUGCUUGAUGCAGCAUUAAAUUGGCGACAAGAAUACUGUCACUGAGCAACAUUGAAUCCGGUGAGAAUAAACCUUAGUUUAUUGAGGGUUUCUGUGACAUGUUUGCUUAUGGUAUAUUUUUUUCUUGCAGAUGGAGCUGAUUCUUACAAGCGUGGCAUGGAACUGGGAUUUCAGUCUGGUUACCAAAAGCGUAGCAGAGAUGUUCUUUCUUGGGCAAAGAAGAAAAAGAAAAUUAUUCUUCGUGAGGAACUGUUAUCUUAUUUGGCGGGCCGCUCUCCUCCCAGACGGUCUCAGGAUGCAAGACAAACUGUGACUGCAACAACUUUAGGAUCAAAUUCAAUGGUUUUGCCCUCUGAAACAGACUCUGAUAGUGUUGAAACUGGUGUGCAGUGCUAUGGUUCACCUUUUGAUUCUAUUGCUGUUCGACCAGAGAUCAAUGCAAAUUCUUUUUUUGCUGCCAGUGGAGGCCUAGGUUCUUAUCACAGUCCUCGUCGCAGGAGUCAUUCAGAUGCAAACUUUGGUGACACUGAAGCAAGGGAGGGGAGAAAGCGGUCUGCAUGUUCAGCCGACAUUGUUAUGGAGUCACCAUCACACAAACGCAAUCGUUAUUUCUGAAGAGAGUGAUAUAUGACCUUGUUAUGUUGAAAACUAUGAUAAUUAUACUUUUGCAAGGUUAACAAAACAUAAAAUACUGUAAUUUUCAAGCUAUGUGGUUGAGGUUCAGGAUCAUGAAGCUUUUGAUGUGUGAUCUUACAGAGCACUACAGCUGCAUAAGGACUCAUAAAAGCUUUAGGUGUGCAUGUGAUUAGUUGAUUUAUUUUGAAUUGUUUACUACUUGAGAUGGA